AUGGAUAAAGAUUCACUUCUCCAGGCUUUGAGUGGUACCUUGAACGCAGAUCAACGAGUGAGAACAACCAGUGAACAGUCCUUACAUGUUUAUGAGCAGCAGCCGGGGUUUACAAGCUACUUGUUAGACUUGAUCACUGAACCAGGUAUUCAACUCGGCACCCAAAUUGCAGCAGCCAUAUUUUUCAAGAAUAGAAUUUUAAACUAUUGGAUUGCACCAGAGAAUACAAAGCAGCCUAUUAGUUUCUUUCUUGUUGAAGAUGAAAAGAUUGAUAUCAAGAAUAAGUUGGUGCCAAGCUUGAUCAAAGCAUACAAAAUUAACCAAAUCAAAUUUUCCUUGUCGACGGCAUUGAAUGGAAUUUUGAGUUACGACAAAUGGGAUGAAUUGGUACCGAUUAUCAAACGCUUGCUUUCUUCACAGGACCAAGAUCAAAUUUUGGUCGGGUUGAUUUGCUUGCAUGAAUAUGUCAAGAAUUACCGAUGGGCGGGUCUUGAACUGAAGAAUUUCUCAAACCCGGUGAUGGACGAAGUCACACAGGAAGUGUUUCCCGUUGUUGAGCAAUUGGCGCAAACCUUAGUCUCAAGUGAAGGUAAUUAUCUGACCGACGAAAUGCUUUACCUCAUUGUAAAGUCUUUUAAGAAUGCCACAUACUCGUCACUUCCACAGUAUUUUGUUGAUAUGAACAAGUUGGGUCUUUGGUGUAAUAUACAUAUCCUGAUCAUCAACAAACCAUUGCCAAAAGAAGUUUUGGAUGAAGAUAUCCCCGAGCAACGUGCUAUGCACCCUAGAGUGAAAGCUGUAAAGUGGUGUUUUGCCAAUAUGAGUCGUUUAUUAAACAAGCAUGGUGGUGGGUACUUGACCAAGGACAAGAGUGAUUUCACUCAAGUAUUUCUCACUAAUUUUGUUCCUGAAAUUCUUGGCGCCUAUUGGAAGAUUAUCGAAGAGUGGUCGAGCAAAAAGAUUUGGUUAAGUGAGGCCUCGUUGUUUUACAUGAUUUCGUUUUUGGAACUUAUUAUUGAGACCCCAUGUUGGGAAUUGGUUGGUGAUAAGUUGGAAGCAGUAGUCAAGCAUUUGAUUCUCCCAUCGUUGGAAGCUACAAACGAGACUGUCGAACUAUACGAAGACGACACAUUUGAGUACAUCAGAAGGUUUUUCGAUGUCAAUAGAGAACAAAAGACGAGUGAUGUUGCUGCCAUCAAUUUUGUCUACAGGCUCUCUAAUAAAAAGUUUAAGCUGACUAUAAAUGCCAUUUUCAGUCUUGUUAAUGAAAUUUUCACGCAAAGGAUUGGUAACCGUGAAAGUCAAGAAGUUGCAAUGAGAACCGAGGGUGCACUUAGGGUCCUCUCCACUAUUUCCUUCAAGUUAGAUACUCAAUCAUCACCUUGCUAUGGCCAAGUUGACAAGAUGUUAGAAACAUUUGUACUUCCGGAGUUGUCAAAUGAAAGUUCGAUAAAGACACCCUGGCUCACUGCCAGAGCUUGUGACACCAUUGCCAUGUUCCACAAUCAUCAGUACAGUGACAUGCAAGUUUUGCAACAAAUCUUUCAAGGUAUCAUUUCAUGCUUUCAGAAUGAGAGUCAAUUUCCAGUACAGUUGACAGCUGCCGAUGCGUUGGCAACUUUGGUUCAAGAGGAUUCCGUGGCAUCUCACGUUUCCGAACAAGCACCGCAAUUGUUGGAAAACUUACUAGAAAAAUCAAAGAAAUACGAGAGUGAUAUAUUGACCAAUGUGAUGGACACUUUUGUUGAAAAAUUUGCCAAAAGUCUUGAACCGUAUGCAGUUGAACUUGCAAGCAAAUUGGUGGACCAGUUUGUCCGAUUGGGAAAUGAGAUCCUUGAACUGCAAAGUGUAGGAACAGUUGAAACUGAUAAGGAGUACCAAGCCAGUGGUUUAUUGAGUACGUUGACGACUUUGAUUCUUUCCACUUCACACGCUUCCAAAUUGGGUACACGUUUAGAAACUGUGGUGCAACCUUUGCUCAAUUUUGUUUUGGAAAAUGCAAUGGUUGUAUUUUUGACUGAAAUCGUUGAGAUUAUGGAAUCUUUGUUGUAUUUGAACCAGGAGGUUUCAAGUACAAUGUGGUCAAUUUAUCAAAGUGUUGUAGAUGCGUUUGAGAUAUAUGCGUACGAAUAUUUCGACCUGUUCCAACCAUUCUUUGUGGGUAUCAUUAACAAGGGAUUCACCAAUCCUCAAGUUACAAUGGAGCACCCAUAUGUUCAAUCCAUGAUGAAUGUCUGUUUCGGUAUUUUGAAGCAAGACGAUAUGGACCCAAUAUUUGCCCAUGCGGCAUUUGAGGAUAUCGAGUUGACAAUCUUGGCAAUGAAUACCAGACUCGCUUCUAUCUUGCCCAACUUUUUGAAUGAAAUUUUUGACAUUUAUCAGAACUUGGAGGCCCAGGAUGCUUUUGAUGGGUUCAUGUUACACCGUUUGUCAUUGCUUCGUAAUCUUUUUGCAGCAAUCUUUGUUGACCCAGUCAACACAAUGGAUCUAAUAGCAUCUAAGGGCUUUACAGUUGAAUUUUACAAGUUGUGGAUCAAGCACAGUGAUGAUUUCCAAAGCGUUUAUGGAUGUAAGUUGCAAAUGUUGGCUUCCUUGUCAAUUCUCAAAUCUGACGCAGUAAAGAAGAUUCAAGAGGAUCUAGUUGGCGAAACUGUGGAUUUACUUUUGAAUAAUGUUGCUGCUUUGCCCAAUGCCAUCAGAGCCAAGAACUCUAUAUUAACCAAUGAAAUCAGCCUCAAAGACCAGGCUAAAGCGGAACAGAAAGAUGAAGACGGCAAUGAUGAGUAUGCAGAGAUUGGCGAGCUUGAAGAUGAGUAUGAGAUGGAUGAAGCAGAAAUGGAGGCUCUUAGGGAGACACCAAUCGAUAAUGUUAAUGGGUUUGAAGAGUUUGUGCAAGCUUUUCUUUCAAUUCAACAAAAUGAACCUGAGAGGUAUCACAUCUUGUUUGGUGACUUAGAUGAUAGCAAAAAGGAAAUGAUUCAAGAACUCGUAAGAGUUACUCAACAAGCAAGACGUUGA